AUGUCGGCUACAGGAACAAAACGGUGCAAUGCAAACACUAAACCAGUAACUUCUGGUAAGCAAUCCUCAGCCAAGGGACCUUAUUAUAAGAACCCGGGACGCACAACGAGCUGUGGCUUGAGGCUGCCGAGGAAAACAGAAGUCACGGCAGCAAAACUGAUCAAGCAUCUCAGCUGUAAAUUCGUCAAAGGGUUACGUCUAGUGGUGAUGAGGAAGAAUAAGAAGAAGAGAUCUCCACCGUUGAAGGCUUCUUCCACCGGUAGAUCUCAGCCUUCCGUCAUCUCUGUGGCUAAUGAUACCUGUAGAUCAGAGGCUAUAGAAGACUGCAUACAGUUCAUAAACUCCUCGACCUCGUUCACAAGAUCAAGUUCCGCCAGUUGCCGUACAUCUUAAGCUUUUAGUUACGCCCAUAAUCUCGAAGACUCUAUUCCUCAGUCACUCUUUGCCUAAGGAAUAUCAUGUAAUGUUUAUAUAUACUAAAAUCUAUAUAGAGAGAACUAUGUAAUGUAAGUGAUCUUGGGAAGCUUGGAAAGUGUGAGCUUCGUUUAUGUACAAAAAAAAAUCAUCUGUAUAUCUUGUUUAAUCUACAUAAAGUAUUAUUCA